UUAAGGUAUCUCCCAGCACAGGGAGUCUGGGCCGGGGGCUGGUUCAAAGAGACUUUCGAGGAAUCUCAGCAGGCGAAAGUUGUCCUCGAUUCCGGAUGAACAGCUUCGGGGAAGAUCCGGCGCUUGGCGGUAGACUUUGUUCCCUGCGCGAAAUACCUUCUUGGGAUUCCCUCCAGGAGCAAAGAGGCUUCCUGAUCUCUCUAAGCGUGCUUUGCGCAGUCUCUGAGUCUCUUUGGUGUGGAGUUUUGCUUAAUGCUUCAGCUGUGUUGCUGAAGAUCUUUACGUGGUCUCCUCCUCCUGCCAAAUACAUCUGGGAUAGCUUUGUUCAGAGCGUUUGGCUUCUCUUCCUUAAACUUACACAGGCUAUGAGCUGAGAGGUUGACACCUCAACGUGUUGUGGUCGCUGCGGAUUUGCCUUUUUUUUUCAUCGAGUGGUGCACCGAGCUGGCAACGGGUGCUCCCUCUGCCCGAGAUGGUGACUUCUGCGUUUUGGGAAUGUUUGGGCCGUGGCCAGCCGCAGCAGGAUGGACCCCGUGUGGUGCCACAGCUGCGUCCAUGCUCCCCUCUGAGACCCGCCAGCAGCAGGAAACACUCUCCCCCCUGGGGGUGUCGCCUUCUGAGGCCAAUCAAAUGCUACCCAGAAGCUCCGCCUCCUGUACAUCACUUCUCCCGCAUCAAUGGGCACCCAAAGCUGGACCGACACCGGGAGCACCCGCCGGGCUACGACAGCUCUUCCACCAUGAUGAGCAGCGAGUUGGAGUCCAGCAGCUUCAUCGACUCCGACAAUGACGAAAACACGAGCAGGUUGAGUAGCUCCACAGAACAAAGCACUUCGUCCCGUCUCAUCCGGAAACACAAACGCCGUCGCCGGAAACAGAAGAUGCGACAGAUUGACCGGUCGUCUUCCUUCAGCAGCAUCACAGAUUCUACCAUGUCCCUGAACAUCAUCACCGUCACCCUCAACAUGGAAAAAUACAACUUCCUCGGAAUCAGCAUCGUGGGCCAGAGCAACGACCGAGGAGAUGGUGGCAUCUACAUAGGCUCCAUCAUGAAAGGCGGCGCUGUGGCAGCUGACGGAAGGAUCGAACCAGGGGACAUGCUCCUACAGGUGAACGAGGUCAACUUCGAGAACAUGAGCAACGAUGACGCAGUGCGGGUCUUGCGGGAAAUCGUCUCCAAGCCGGGCCCUAUCAGCCUAACAGUGGCCAAAUGCUGGGAUCCGACGCCCCGGAGUUAUUUCACAAUCCCCAGAGCUGAGCCCGUGCGGCCGAUCGACCCCGCCGCCUGGAUCUCUCAUACCACGGCCCUGACGGGAGCGUACCCCCGUUACGGUAUGAGCCCCUCCAUGAGCACCAUCACCUCUACCAGCUCCUCACUAACAAGCUCAAUUCCCGAUUCGGAAAAGCUGGACGAAUCCCCUUUAACUGUUAAAAGCGACAUGGCCACCAUUGUCAAGGUUAUGCAGUUGUCGGAUUCUGGCCUUGAGAUUCGGGACAGGAUGUGGUUAAAAAUUACCAUCUCCAAUGCAGUAAUAGGAGCGGACGUGGUCGACUGGCUCUACACGCACGUGGAGGGCUUUAAAGACCGAAGGGAGGCCCGGAAGUACGCCAGCAGCAUGUUGAAACAUGGCUACCUCAGGCACACUGUGAACAAAAUCACGUUCUCAGAGCAGUGCUACUACGUCUUUGGUGAUCUCUGUGGCAAUCUGGCUGCACUGAACCUUAACAAUGGUUCCAGCGGAGCUUCUGACCAAGACACCCUGGGGCCCCUCCCGCACCCGGCCACGCCUUGGCCCUUGGGGCAAGGCUAUCCUUACCAAUACCCCCUUGCCCCUCCGUGUUUCCCGCCGGCCUACCAGGACCCAGGCUUCAGCUAUGGGAGCGGCAGCGCAGGGAGCCAGCAAAGCGAAGGAAGUAAAAGUAGCGGCUCUAACCGAAGCAACAGCGAGAAAAGCCGGAGGACCUUGGCUCGGGAUAAGGACCGCAAGUCAGCCGGCAGUGGCAGCGAAUCGGAUCCCACUGCCCGGAGCGGGGUAGCAGGGAGCGUCCUUCGGCGCGAGCGGCCGGCCAGCCAACUCAGCCAGCUCAGCCACCACAGCCGCGCCUCUGCUGCCCCCAGCGAGAGGAGCCCACACAGCCGCCAUUCGCACGGGCCUCCGGGCGUUCCUCCGCUCUGCAGCCUCCCCAAGCUGGGCCCCAAAGUCUAUGGGACAAGUGGGCCCCCUGGGGGGCCCCCCGUGCGGGAACUCGCCUCCGUCCCCCCCGAGCUGACCGGCAGCCGCCAGUCGUUCCAGAAGGCCAUGGGCAACCCUUGCGAAUUCUUCGUUGACAUUAUGUGAACAAGAAGUGCCUUCAAAAGACUCUUGUGCGGAGGGUUUGUUUUCUUUUUUAAGUUUGCAAAUUGACGCUGGAAAAGAAAUAGGGGUGGAGACAGAGAGAUGGGGGGGGGAGAGAAACUAUUCGGACUGUCCUUUGCAUGUCACGCCUUCCUGACUCUUGAUGUUUGCAAGCAAACGAGGAACAGAAGUCCUGGAAACUUAGAUAUCUGCAAAUCAGUGGAAUCUUUUUUUUUUUUUUAAAUUCUCCUUCUGCUUCCCCUACCCUGACCAAUGUGAUUGAUUGGUGUUCUCUUCACAUACCCUAAUGAGCUUUGGUAUCUGUGGCAUCCUCUCCCCAGUGCAAUUAUACUGUGUUCUCAAUCAAGAAAUAGCAUUUUAUAUAGUGCUUUUAAAAAGCAACAACACACAAUUCUCCAGUCAUGCAUAUUUGCACCUUCUUUUGUUUUUGUUUUUGUUUUAAAUGUUCUGGUUACUUUCUUUCCAUCUUGGGGGUGGGGGGGACCCUUCUUCUUUUGCUAUGAAAAGGACAGUGCUAGCCAGUAGCUAUAAAAUCUAAGGUGUGUCUGCAAAUGGUGCAUUAUGGGAGUCCUGUAUCCAAUGGGAGUCCUGUAUCCAACCAUAAGUGAAGAUCUGGCUCUGUGCCAAGGUUUUGCUUCCUUUCUUCAUUUUACUAUUCAGGCCUUGUUUGCACGCUACAUGGUGCCUGGAUCCACACCAUGCGAUUGCCCUAAGAAAGGGGGAAAUAACUCACUUGGUAGAGAGUUGGGCACUUUGUGCUUCUCCCUGCAUGCAUGUCUUCAGGUUUGAAUUGUGCACUGGACUUCUCCGAACCAUGAAACUACGAAGUGUCUGCCAGUUACCACAAGCAGCUGGGCCAAGAGGUCUCCUGUCCACCUUGGGCAAGUCCUGCUCCUGCCUCCGUUGUUUGCUCACGCUCGCUGUUUCUUGUUUUUCUCUGCUAAAGGGAGCAAGGAGAUCCAUUUCUCAGCUCUGCUCUCUUCUCUGUGGCAUCAGCUGCUAGCAUUUGCUUUCCCCCUGCACUGAAGGCAAAAGCAGCUGAUGCCAGAGAAAAGGGAUUCAGUGUCCAGCUUGCUUUCCGUAUAAGAAAGCAGGAAUAAAUUCAACUUGGCCUUUCAUUACACCCAGUGGCUUUUUAUCUAAGCGUUUGCAAACAGCAAAAUCUGACUCUGGUUACAUACGCAAUUUAAAACAACGACAGCACUGUUAAAAAUAAAUGCGACAGGGACUGUUCACAUACCAAUAGAAGCUGAUACACACAAGAGUCACCUGGAGCUGACAGAAAUUUCCGUUACCACCUGCUUCCAAAUUUGUACGCAGGGUAGAGGGGGAAAUUAGUUACCUGUUCAGUAACUUUAAGCAUCAAAAUGCACCAGUGCAUCAGAGACAAUUACAUACUUGUGAUUUGUUAAGAAUAGAAUGACCCCAAGACCACCUUGAAGGAUUCGCAAGGUUGGAGAGGCAUCCCUCAGGAAUACUGUAGUCAUGGGAUUGUUGUUGUUUAGUCAUUUAGUCGUGUCUGACUCUUCGUGACCCCAUGAACCAGAGCACGCCAGUCAUGGGAUACAUACCCUGUUUAGAGAUGGCAUUGGACUCAAGUGGUCCCAGUCCUUGGAUGGGAAGCUUGAAAUGCCAAUCAAAUGUAGCUGUUUGUGGUCUGACCAGUGCCAAGCAAAGUACGGACUUACGGCUUGAGCAAUUCCCCAUAUCUGUGUCAUAGACCUGCCACCCAAAUGAGAAUGGGAAGCAGGGGUUGUGUGUCACUUGAUAUACUUUCCUUCACUCUGUGGUUGACCUAGGUCAGGGACAGAGAAUCUGCAGCCCUCCAGAUAUUGUUGGACUGCAACUCCCAUCAUCCCUGAUGUUGGCCAUGCUGGAUGGGGACUGGUGGGAAUCAGACUCUGAAGAACUCUGGUGGGACCCAGGUUCCGCAACCUUGCCCUAGAUAAUGGUGGAUCCUUUUUGAAAUUUAGGAUUGCAAAGUGGGUUGGUUAGCACUUCUUCAUGAUCUCUUUCAAAAACCUGUACAAUGUAUGUGGAUGUUUGAGGUUACUACUGUCUUGCAAUAGAUGGAGGUAGUGAAAAUCACUGAGUGAAUGAACUUGAAUAAGCAGGCUUUCCCUUAGGAGGGAAACCACUUAAACUUUGCCCAACCAUGUUACUGUUUGGACAGUUCCACAUCUCCCUGGUGCUGUUUUCACUUCUCAUUCUGGAGCAGGGAUGGGUGAAAUCUGUGGUCUUCCAGAUGUUGCUGGACUCCAGCUCCCAUCAGCCCCAGCCAGCAUGGGUCAGUGGUCAGAGAUUGUGGCAGAUGUGGUUCAGCAACAUCUGGAGGGCUACAGGUCCCCCAUCCUUGUCCUGGAGUGACAACCAGCUGCCGUUCGUGUUCUGCAUCUCUGCUGGGCUAUUUUUGUAGCACUUCAUAUAAAUGAUGGGCAUGAACUUCCAAGAUUGCCGCCAAAGAAGAUAAAAAACAGACAUUAAAUUUUAAGGGUGGUGAGAGUGGUUUUGAAAACCUGGGGGGGGGGGGUUCUGACAUGAAAGCAUACAUACAUACAUUUUCCUGCAUCUAUGAACAAAGGCCACAAAACCACCAAGAACAAACCAGUUCUAGAAACAUUGGAGAAAAGCAGAGUGUGGUCGGUGCCUAUUGGUUAGUAUCCACUAGGGACACCAUGAUCACACAAACACACCUCAACUUUGUAAAAAUAUUCCUGACUCUCUUUUGGGGAGGUGAGUAAAGUGAAAGGUGGACAGGUAUUGAACGUUAUGUGAGUGCUGCUUAAAAAAUAAAUUGCAGAGCCAAAAUGCCCACCUGAUUCUUCAGUAAGAUGGACAAGGUAUAGUGUUGAUAUAGUAUUUGACCGGCAUGGAGUGUACAUGUUCUAGGCAAGUGAGAAAGGUGAGAUGCAACCCCCAGGUUUACAAGUUGUUGCAUUCUCUGUCACAUGUAUUUUAUCUGUUUUCGCCCUAUUUGUUUCUUCCGGGCGAUUUGAGAUUUGAACACUUAACUUGACCAUUGGUUUUAUAAGCUGUGUUGAUAGCACUGAGCCAGCAAUACUUCCCAUUGUGUGUACUGUGUGCAAGCUGGCCUGUCUCUUUAUAGCUUGCUCAUCAGGUGGAAGGGGGGGGACCGGCCUUCUCAUUCCACAUCCGUCCACCCCCCUCCCCAAAUACUCAUGUGGACUGCUGGCUGUCUUCUGUGAGGUCCCCUCUCUUUUCAUUUUUAAAUGAGUGUUUUCCUGUACUUUGAGCUACAGCAUCCACAGUCUGGCCUGGCGCAAAUGCUGGCGGAUCGCUGGGCUUCAGAAAUGAGAAUGUUUUGCACACAGCAGCAAACUUUUCGAAGUGUUAGAAAUGUUGGUCUUUACCAUUUUUUUUAAAAGUCCUUUGCAGUCCUUGGACUGGUUGUAAGAAAGAGAGAUAGGCAGGGGGAUUGAAGGCAGACUGAAGUUGGUGGGGCAGUGCCCCAUAUGUCUUCAUGAACUAGCUUCUACUGUGCAUGAGGGAGAAUGAACCCAGUACUGCCCUCCUCCCGGGUUUGGCGUGGUCAUUUUGUGUUCCCGCUCUGGGAAAUGUAGCUCUACAGUGGGGAAUGGGAGGGUCUCCUAACAACACACCCCUUAAAAACUACAGCUCCCAGAAUUCUGUGGGGGAAGCUAUGCCUGUCCACAGUGGUAUCACAGUUCUUUGAAUGUAUGGUGUGGAUGUGGUCUCUCCUGUACCCACCACCCACCCUCACUUCCGCAUCACUUAAGGGUUUUGCUGACUUCCAGUCCACAUGCUUAUGUUUUCAAGCUUGGCUUCUCAGCGAUGAGAGCUAGAACCUCUUAAAAAUGCUUUUUAAAAAGCUAAGCGAGAAUGCAGAAUUCUAUGAUCUACAAAACAUGGCGCACUUGCUUGGCAGUUGAGUGCAAUGAAUAUACAUGGCUGUGCUUAUCAAUUGACAGGAAAAGGUGCAAUUGCUACUAUAACAAACUUCUGCAGCAGAAUAAAAUUGCUAGCACUGAAUUUUCCAAACUGGGCUGGAGCCGUUUGGAUGGCUACUUGUGUGGCGAGAAAUAAAUUUAACUACUGUAAAAUAAUUAAGCGUGUUAAUGUUUCUUGGCGUCAUAUGAGCAAAUGUACAUUGUCAGAGAGUUCCUGUAGCAGCCCACAGGACUCGCCGGAGGAGGAGGGUGCUCACUGGCUAUGUGUGAGUUGCCGCUUUUGGCUUCCUUCCUUCCCAUCAGCCUCCACUGGCCUUGGGGCAUUGAUCCAUGCACCUAAUUGACAGAGGCAAUUGCCCAAACCCAGUGGAGGCUGAUUUGAAAGAAGUAAGCUAAGUCUACUGACUCAUCCAGAGAUACGAUGGGGAGCCUCUGAAGGCAAAUAACUUGUGCAUUGGAAGUGGCUUCUUGAUCCACACACCUAAUGGAGAAAUGCCAUCGCAGAGCUCACCUGCUUUUGGCUGAGGAUGCCUGUUGCAUCUCUGAAUGAGAAAGCUCUCAGCUUUCCUCCCUCCAAAUAGCCUCCAUUGGGAGCAUGUCAUUUUGGUGCAUCUCCGCAUACAGCGUCUAGCUCCCAAAAAGGAGAGGCAGCAGAACUGGCCCGCUGUCACGGGAGGUUGCCUCUUAUGUAUCUGCAUAAGCUGCUGUUCUGGGCUUUUCUUUUGAAUUAGGAGGAACACCCACAUCAGAGAUAGAGUUGUAGAGUUGGAAGGGGACCCCAAAUGCGGAGACACUUAAAAACAAAGCUUUGGGCAAUGGUGAGAGUGACUGCAGCUUUCUGUCAGCUUGUAUUAAAAAAAAAAAUACACGAAAGCAUCACAGCUAUCAGAAAUUUGGACAGUGUUAGCACUUCUACUUUGGGGUCAUGUGGAAUAGCCUCUAUAUGUUUCUCUGUCCAUUUUGUGCGUGUAAGUUAAAAAUGUCAAGCCAGUCAAAAUGACAAAGUGUUAGCAGGUCUGUGCUUUUGGAUGUGGUGGCAACAGCAUGCUUUGUGAGAAAGGCUGUGACAUUAUAGUGACAAUCGUGAGAACGAUUCUGCUUUUUUGCAAUCACCUGUUUACUCUUCCCAACUCUCUCUCUCUCUCUUUUCUUUUUUGCACAACUGCACUCUCAUCUUUCAACUGUUUGGAGUUGCAGUGAUAGCAAUCUCUCCCCCCCACCAAUAAAAAUAAUAAUCUUGGGAAUUGUGCUUUUGCAGGGCAUCCAUGGGUUGUCUCGAGUGCCAGCCUUCCUCAGAGUAGACCCAUUGAACUUAAUGGGCACGAUGAACUUAGGUCCAUCAAUCUCAGUAGGUCCACUCUGAUGGCUACACCGGCCCAUGUCAGUUUCCUGCCACCGCUCCACAUCUUUGGUUUACAGUGGCAGGGAAAAAUCUCAGAAUAAUAUAAAGCUGCCUAUCUCCAGCUCAGGCCAUUGCUAUAUCUAGCCCAGUGCCGUCUGCUCUGACUGGCAGCAGCUCUCCAGGAUUUCCCAACACAGCAACGGUAAGGGACUGGACACCCUGCAAAGCACUUUCCCUGCCACUUUGGUUAUUCCUCAACAGCUGGUUUCUGGGGAAGGUUAGCAGCUCAGUGGCAGAGCUUCUGCUUUGCAUGAAGAUUGCAGGCUCAAUCCCCCAGCUAAGGCUAGGAGAGUUCUUCUGCCUGGAGAGCUGUUGCCAGUCAGUGUAGUAGACGGUACUAAGCUGGAUAAAGCAGCUUCCCAUGUUCUACCAAGUCAGAACAAGUAGAUGCACUGCCUGUUCUGACUGGCAACAGCAAUUCUCACCAGGGUCUGUGGUCUUUUCCAUCGAACACUUCUUGACCAUUUUUAACUGGAGACGCCAAGGAUUGAAACUUGGACUGUCUGCGUUCAAAGCUUGACCACCGAACUGUGGUGCCCCCUAGCAGAGAUGCUGUCAUCAGAUGCUGUGAACUUGCCAGGGGCUCCUUCCUAGGCAGCUCAGCUUCCUUGCAGACAUCCCAAAAGAGAUGUUAAGAGUCGCAAAUCAGUUUACUCUGAGGGUGCAAAUCUCGGAGAAGAGGAGUGCGAAGACCAGCCGGUUCUUCUUGUGGAUAUAUAGUUAAAGGGGGUUACAUCCAGUCAAGGUUUACUGAAGAGUAGACCCAUUGAAAUUGAUGGAACUAUGUUGCAUCUUGUCCAUUAAGUUUAGGGGGGGUCUUCUCCUGAGUGAGGCAAACAUUGGCUACAACUUUAUAUCUCCAGUACUUACGGCAAAACUCACAUGAGCAAGCAUUUAGAAUAGCACAACUAUUUGCUUCGUGAAUCGUACGAUCUGCAACACCCCUGUGGAUAGAUACAGGCAUAGACACACAUAGAUAAUAAAAUGGCACCACCUGUGUAGCAGGGGGCAACCUUGCAACAGUUGUGUGGACCUGUUAGGGAUUCUUAGAAGCUUCCAAAAUAGCUGUUAGGUUGAUGGCAGGUGUAACAGAGGUAGCUGCCUUAAGUUGGCCCAACCCUUUUUUAAGGGGUACAUUGGUCUUCAACCUUAAAAAUGGUUCACCCAUGUUAAAAAUGGUUCACUUGCUGUGUCCCAGUGGAUCUGUGCUCUUUCUACACUCUUUUAGAGUGAUCCACCCCUGAUUGUUUAAUCUGACUGUAAUUGGACAAACAUGCCCCACUGUCUUGUCAUUGACCUUUGGCCAGUCUUGCUUUUGUUCCUGUUCUGUUUUCGGGCAGAUCAACACCAUCUGUUUAAAGCACAUGGCUUUCCCCAGUCAACCCUGGGGGAAUGUCGUUUCCCUCCCAACAGAGCUACCAUUCCCACUACCCUUAACAGAUUGCGGUUCCUGGGAUUCUUUGGGGGAAAGUAAUGUGCUUUUAAAUGCACACCCCUUCAGCUCCCUCGGGGUCCCUUCCAACUCUACAAUUCUGUGAUUCUAUGCUAGGGAUUCUUUAGCUGUAAUUCCUGCGUUGUAGGAUCUAUGAACUUUGAAUGGUGUGGAUCUGCUGUUAAUCCCCUAGGUGGACUCACCCCUUGGCUUUUUUAAAAUUUCGUUUAUCUGGAUUGUAGUGAGUAACUUCAAAAGAAUGAUUUUAAUUCUAAUCAGUGAUUAGAAAGAUGUGUAAAGAAUUUAUGUACAGUAGAGGAAAACAAUUUAAAAUAAAUGAUUUUAAGUAAUGACUGGAGGUGGGGAGAAUCUUUACUCCCUAUCACUCUCAAACGUUAACUGUCCUAGAACUGGUUCAGUUCCCAAGGUCAACCUUUGGGCAGUGUGAACCGUACUGUUUCCCCAUUUUACAUGUCUAUUUCAUAAUUGAAUUCUUUCUUUUUGUAGAUAUUGUAUUAAAAUUCAAGUGUCUGUAUAGUUAAUAUAUAGCAGCUUAUGUGUAAAUGCUAUUUUAAACACUAAAAAAAAGCUUUUAAUUUUUACGUGACAAA